AGCACUUAUAUUUUUGUGUUUUAUUUCAGAUCCAAAGAAAAAUAAUCAUGGCUGCUAACUAGCAAAAUUUACAAUACUCAAUGGCUUUCGCACAGUGGGCAGUGAAUUAUUAUAAUUCACUCGCCCAAGCUCACGGGAUUCGCCACCAGGUCCCAUACGACUUCGCAAGGCUGAACGUGCGGUAUCCAUUGCAGCAAUUGGCUAACCAACCACCGCAGCAACUGGCUAACCAGCCGCUAGAACAAUUGGCUAACCAGCCACUACAGCAACUGGGUAAUCAGCCACGGCAGCAACUGGCUAUUCAGCCACCAGAGCAACUGGCUAACGUUUCACUGCAGCAACUGGCUAACCAGCCACAGGAACUGGCUAACCAGCCGCAGGAACUGGCUAAUCAGCCACAGCAACUAGCUAACCAGCCGCAGGAAUUGGUUAACCAGCCACAGCAAGUGGCUAACCAGCCACAGGAACUGGCUAACCAGCCGCAGGAACUGGCUAAUCAGCCACAGCAACUAGCUAACCAGCCGCAGGAAUUGGUUAACCAGCCACAGCAACUAGCUAACCAGCCACAGCAACUAGCUAACCAGCCACAGCAACUAGCUAACCAGCCGCAGGAAUUGGUUAACCAGCCACAGCAAGUGGCUAACCAGCCGCCGCAACUGGUUAACCAGCCACUAGAUCACAUUCAUCAGCUGCUGAGUUUCCCACCACCUCCUCCGUUUAAUUUUCAUCAGCCGGCUGUUCUCCCGCUGCCAAAUCGGGCUCCUCGUGGUCGUCGACAUGCGGCUGCAGGUCGUAAGCGAGCCAGCUGGCAAAGACGGUCGUCUGACUCAUCGGGCGCUGCCAACCGAAGCCAGGUGGUCAAGAGAGGAAGGGGAACGGCAAGAGGAGGUAGAAGAGGUGGACGCAGGGGUGGGCGUGAAAUUGGGAAUAUAAUUUACUAUACCUUUAACAACUAGAUAUAUAUAUAUAUAUAUAU